UUAAAUUGCUGCCUCGUACUACAAUGAAACGAUCAUACACCGGGGUGGAAGCGAUUCUAUAAAAAUAAUACAAAACGCACCUUGGCACUGUAAACGGCGGCAAAGCGGCGGAUCCCGUUUGACGUUUCGGUUCCUCCAUCUGUCGAGCGCGCCUGACAGUUGGCAUGUUAUUUUCGUUUUCUUUGUUCCUGUUCCAAGUGCAUUUUGCAUGGCACAACACCAAAAAAAAAAAAAGGGACACAUUUGAGUGAAUGCGUGUGCGCGUGUGUGCGCUCAUUGUGCGUAUCGUCUUCCUGUGGCGUUUGCUUCCUUGCUUGCUUGCCUGCCUGGCUACUAGAUCACGGACGGCUCUGGCGUGCGUUGUAAACAUCGAGGUGUACGGCUCGCCAAACAAACCGUGCAAUUGCCGUGCAAAGUGAAACUUCCGACCGACCAGCUGCUGCUGCUGCCCAAGUGUGAGUCACCUGGCAGUGAAAGGGAGGGAAAUCAAACGCACACCCGUCUCUGUGAGGGGAGGGGGGAAAACAAUCUCCACCCCACCGCGCAACCUGUGGUGGACGCGGGCACGGUUGGAGGUGACAGUGGCGCUAGCCAAAAGUGAAGACACAAAAUAACCCACGAAAACGUUUUCACGAAAGUUGUGACACGUUUCUAUAGUGUGUGUAUGUAUUUGCGUGUAUUUAAGAGUGCUCACAAGCCCCACAUCCUGUGUCUGUGAGAGUGUGUGUGAAAGUCAGUGUGUGAUUUUGGGGGGUGAAUGGUUGCGCGGAGUGCACAGGUGUUGCAGGAAGACGGUGAGAAUCCGAUCUAAUCACUUUACCAAGGCCGCUUAGAAGUUUAACAACAGUGGUGUGUGUGUGUGUGUGUGUUUGACCUUUCCGUAAGGGGAAAAGGCUACGAAGUUACUUACUCGCGCGAAGUUGCUAGCAUGCACCAGUGCGGAGUUGCAGUAGCACUGUACGGGCAUUGAAACGGUGGCCCCAGUACUCGGAUACGGCCAAAGGGAUAAGCUACUAUCAACCACAACCCACCAGCCCAACCCAAACCCGAUUAUCCUUCAACCCAACCAUGACUUAACUGUUGCGGCACAGUGCUGAGAGAGCGAUGGUGCUUACACGAACCGAAAGACUUGUUUGACGUAAGAAGAGACAGCAUUUACACACCACCGCACCACGGACGAAACACAUAGAAAGAGGCAAACCAAACGAUGGCGAAGGAAUACGACUAUCUGCUGAAGGUGCUGCUGGUCGGCGACAGUGACGUCGGCAAGCAGGAAAUUCUCUCCGGCCUGGACGAUGGCUCGACGGAAAGUCCCUUCUGCAGCGGUAGCGGCACGGCGCACAAAACGACCACGAUCCUUCUCGACGGCAAGCGCGUGAAGCUACAGAUCUGGGACACGUCCGGCCAGGGGCGCUUCUGCACGAUCAUCCGGUCGUACUCGCGCGGCGCCCAGGGCAUCAUCCUCGUGUACGACAUCACGAACAAGUGGAGCUUCGACGGAUUGAACCGGUGGCUGAAGGAGGUGGAGGAGCAUGCGCCGGGCGUACCGAAGGUGCUGGUCGGCAACCGUCUGCAUCUCGCGUUCAAGCGGCAGGUCGCGGCCAAGCAGGCGGAACUGUACGCCUCCCGGAACAAGAUGGCGUGCUUCGAGAUAUCGCCCCUGUGCGACUUCAACAUCCGCGAGUCGUUCUGCGAGCUCGCCCGGAUGGCCCUGCACCGAAAUGGCAUGGAGCGGAUCUGGCGCACGAACAAGGUGCUGUCGCUGCAGGAGCUGUGCUGCCGGAGCAUCUGCCGGCGGACGAACGUGUACACGAUCGACAGCCUGCCGCUGCCGCCGUCGGUAAAGUCGUACCUGCGAUCGUACGCCCUCACCUCCUCCCAGUGCUUGAACACGGUGCUGAACAAUUCCGCGUCGAUAGCGAAGAAUCUCAAGUGCAAAACGGCCACCUCCUACCAUCUGAAGCACAACGUGCGCAACGGUUGCGUGAUUUCAUGAUUGUCGUUUUGGGCGUUGGGGUCCGCCUAAGGGCGGACGCGCGAAUGCGCACUCUAGCCCACGGUUACGGUGGUCUUGUAUGUACAGGAAGGAUCAAUUACUUCAACCGCACACAUCCGCAGACACAUAUGCACACACAUACAUACAACCACACGACACACACACAGUCAGCCAAGGCUGUAACUAUAUAACAUGAUACGGAUGGAGAGAAGAGCGCACAUUGCUUAAUCUAUUGUAUUUGGGUUGGUGUGUGUGUGUAUGUAGUGAGUGUGUGUGUGCGUGUGUGUGUAUGUGUGUGUGCGUGUGUGGGCGAGUUUGUAUUUUUUUUGUUUCGUUAAGUAAGGCAUUAUUUUAACACCACUUGCUCUUGAUCCUCAGAAGUAUUUCUUUCGUUGUUGCUCUUCUCUUCACAACUAACACUAUUACCUCACACACGUGCUCGGUGCGCAAUGAGUGGCCGCAUGGCCAAGCCAAGCACACUAAACAGUUAGUUACGUGGCGCUACGGCAGGCAAGAAAGGAUAAUAGGUGCGACAGUGGCACACACCCCGAUUACCUCUCGAAACUAAUAUUACCACCACCACUAUUACUACUACUACUACUACUACUACUACUACUACAGCCACCACACGUCCAUUCGGGCAUUCAGCUAAUAAGCCCUUGUUAGAUUUUACGCGUCAGCUUUCAUCGGAUUAAUUGGUCAAGCAAUGUUUUUCAGCUAAUGUUCUGGCGCCACGGAUGAUUUUCACCUCAUCUUUGUAAACAAAAAAAGCAAAAGAUCUGAAACAAAUGUGUUGAAAACCCAUCCUUGCGAAACGCAGAACAAUAGUCACUGGGAAAAACUGUGCUGUUCUAGAAAAAAUAGUACUUGAACCAAGAGAUGCUAUCGUGCGAGUGAGUCUCGUGUCUCACACCAUUUUACAUCACGAAAGGGCGAGCUCGUUUGCUCCGAACCGAAUCACGCAAAAAAAACAAACAAAAAAAUACUUCUUAAGUGAAUUGUUUGUUUACACACGUAAAUGCACACCUAGUUUGUAGAUCGGUCCCGUAAACUUUAUUUACAUCCUGUCUAUUACCAUCUAUAUUUCUGCCCCCUACAUUCACCAUCCCCUUGAGCGACUUUGGGCACAAGACAAGAAAUGAACCAAAUACUAAUUUUAUUAACACUUUGUCAAUAUAUUACAUUAUACAAGAACAACAACAAAAAAGAAGAAAAAAAACGAAGAAAACGAAUUAGUCGAGCACACCCAAUGUCAUGCUAGGCGCACAGAAACACUCCCACACAGCUACAGCGAAGGCGUCAGAGACGUUCAAUAGACAGGAUUGAGGAGAUUGUGUGGAAUUUAAGUUUUUUUUUGUGUGUUUUCUCGAUGCCCGAGGGAUUUGUUGCGAUUUUGUACGGCAAAAAGCAAAAAUCAGAAAACAAAAAGAAAAAAAACCGCCAAGAGCAGAAAGGAAUAUCGACUAGACUGAAGUCAGCAGACGAUAGAGAGAGAGAGAGAGAGAGAGAGAGGCGAUGAUUGAACACAGAAAAAUAGUCUGCAGCAACUUCCCUUUAGCCACGCAUGCGAUGGUACCACCGUCGCGAAUGACGGAAGCGUGCUUUUGUUUUAUUAGUUCGUUUCUUUUUUUUUCGUUUUGCUAUGUAUAAAACGCGUAUAUAUAUAUAUAGGUUAAGUACAUGUCGGCACCACAGCAGAAAGUCAUUCUUUAGCUUAGCUACUAAAAAAAACCCUCUUUAUUAACAGAAAACGGAACAGAAAAAAAUACAGAUCAUCCAAAACAUUUCGGCCACAAAACAUCUCUCCACCCUCCCAAUCAUCCCGACUAAAAAAGCAACAAAAAAAAAGGAAAAACUCACAAACGCGCUACAAUUGCGCCAGGUAUUGAUAGUUUAGCGGUGACGUUCUACUGGCGUUGGUGUAGGUUUAGUGUGUGCUACAAGGUCGUCUGUGAAAUCACACGCGCUAGUAAGAACACGAUUAGCAAACAGGCGAGAGGUGCCUGGCGUAAGUCCCUCCGUGUUGGAAGGAUGAAAACUUUUUCUACGAUGUAUUUGUUUUUUACCUAAUCGAGAACGAAGGUGGAUGACCGCGUUUGGAUGCACUUUUGCCCCACCGCGUGUGUGUGUGGGUGUUUGUGCAUGUGUGUGUUUGGAUAAAUUCCAUUAAUAUGCUUAUUCCAGGUGCGAUAAUGUUCAGCAUUAAAAAUGAUGUACAUUUAAACUCAACACACACACACACACAUACAAACACGUGAUAACACCGCAAAUAAAAUCGCGCAAAUAAGAUUGCAGACGGAAGAGGAACAAUACAUUCUUACACAAUGUGUAGGAAGGGUGAAACACAAAAAGUCAUACAUACACACAGAGACGCACGCACGUAAAAUAAGAAAAAAAGUACAAUCAAAGUUUGAUUUUGUUUUUAUGUAGUUUUUUUCUUCUUCAUUUUCGUUGGUUCACUUUGAGUAGUAAGUGCAAACAAAAAACGGAGAACAGAAACGCACAACUUCCAGCAUGUAGUAGAGGCAACAACAUGGCACGAAGAAGUAGGAAAGAGAGAAAGAGGGGGGUGGUCUGAGACUACCGAAAGAGGAGUUAAACCCAGCAUCAAAACUCUGUGAGAGACAGGACAAACAAACAAACAAAAAUGGAGAUUCAGCGUUUGGAGCUAUGAUUUCAAUUUAUUUAUGAGGUGUUUUUAUUUCUUUAAGUAGCAAUUUACGAUACAGUACGGAAGGAAAAUAAAGAAUAUGAAUGAAUUAUUAAUAAAAAAAGAAAAUUCGAUUUGUGUGUA